GGGAUUUUUAUUUUGCAUGUCGUAAUAAUGAUAUUCAUAAAGUACAAAUGUAUCUUCGAAUACUGUCAUUAGAUGAUAUUAAUCGAACAGUAUCCAAUAAUAAUGUACAACACGUGCAUCUACAACCGUCAGUGAUGAACCGGACACAGAUGAACCGACGGAAGAAACCGAAGAACCAGAAAUAAGAACAACAGACAGAUCUGUCUCAACAUCAACAACUGACACAGAACCUGAAAAACGUGGAUUUAAUCAUGAGCUCUAUUUCGAAGAUGAUGAAUAAGUGAGUUCACACAUCUUGCUGGAUUGACUUAGAAUUUUUUACUUCUUUUUUUGUUGAAAAGAUGUUGACCUAAAACCUUUUUUUCCUCUAUUUCUCUAAUUCUCACCAUAAACAAAAAAUGUAAUAAAAAAAAACUUAUGAUACUCUAAAUAUAUUUCGUUAUGCUCACAUAAGAAGUCGAAACUACCUGAUGAAGAUCCCAUCCGCAAUUUCGCUACUGAACUUACCAGAUCCCAUCGCUACUGAACUUACCCUGUCACUGUUUUUAUGUUUUAAAAAAUGCUAUGGGUAAAUCGGAUUCGGAUCACCAAGCAUAUUUGCUUGGGCAAUUCGGAUCAAUCCAGGAAAAAUAGCUGGAGCUACGUCAAAAAAUCUCUAGCAUCUGUCAGAAACAUUUUUGAAGACUACUCCUUGGAACAGACUUGUUGAUAACACUCUCUUCUGUAACAUAUCGAAAGCACAGAACAAAUAAACAAAUUUGAUCCAGGAUAGGUAUUUUAUAAUGUUCAUAUGUAUUUUUGUCUACAUUUUCCAUACAUCAGUUAAUUUUUUAAUUACUGGCAUAUGUUAAAUAGUCAUCGAAUUUUAAAAAAGUUUAGUUGUUCAUAUAGAGCGAAACACGCGCUAUAAAAUAGCCCAAAAGUUUUUAUUGCAUUCAGUGAAGUGCACUAAACAAUCAGAAUCUUUGGAUCUAUAAAAAAUGUCAUCAAGAGUUUCAUGAAAGCCAGAAAAUAUCCAUUGGAUAAAGAUAAUACCAAUUAUUCCAGAUUAUUGAAAAGUAGUAAUUCUAUUCAAUAUUCAUCGUCAUCCGCAUCAAUCCCAAUAGUAACAACAGCAUCCAUUUCAAAUCCAACAAUCCAAGGAGAAAAUGAAUUUGAAGACAUGAGUAAUUUAGAUGGUUUAGUUGAUUCUGAUUUCGAAACAGACAGAUCAGUAAAAGCAAUCACGGAUACAAUAUUUCAUGUAUUAACACCCAAAAUCGACAUGUCAUUAACAACUACAACUAAAAGAACAAUAUUAAAACGAUUAAGUGGUGAGAUAGUCGCCGAGGAUAAUGUUUUGAAACAAUUACAAGCCCGAGAGAAACAAGAGAAGACAAAACAAGCAAAAGUGUCACGGUCGAAAGCUCCAAAGAAAUUCAGGAAAAGGGGCAACAGUUCCAAGUCCCGGCUCUCCAGCUAUCGUCGUUCGGACGGGGCUCGCUUUCCCCGAGCACGUGUCUAUCUCUGGGAAUCUCGAAAUGCCGUGGAAUAUAAGUAA